GGUCUGUGGCUCUGAAGGUCUGAAGCAGAAGAGGAGGCGAGCUGAAGGAGGAUCUACACGCUGAAGCACUUGACGUGGUAUUAAAGACAACACUUCUGCUGAAAUGGAAAUCUGUGGAGAUAUCCAAGUGAGAGAGCUGAACAAGCGUAAUUCAGGUCAGGCGUUUGAGGUCAUCCUGAGCCCCUCAACUCCCGACGCCAAGGUGGAAUGUCCACUGUCCCCUCUUAAAAAGAAAGACAUGUCAAUCGAUGAUAUUAAGAAGAAGCUGGUGGCUGCUGAAGAGAGACGCAAGAGCUACGAGGCUGAUGUGCUGAAAACCUUGGCUGAGAAACGAGAGCACGGCAAGGAAGUCGUCCAGAAGGCCAUCGAGGGAAACUGCAACUUUAGCAAGAUGGUGGAAGAGAAACUGAAUCAGCAGAUGGAAACAUAUGAGGAGAACCGCAGCGCCAGGAUGGCGGCUCUCAACGAGAAGUUCAAGGAGAAGGAGAAGAAGCUGGAAGAAGUGAGGAAGAACAAGGAGGCGAAGAAAGAAGUUGAAAUUUAAUUUGAUAUAACCGAGAAAACCGUUUUGACUUCUCCAAAGAUUUUGCUAUAUUUUUUUAUCUGAUACUUUCACAACUAUUCUUUCUUGGAUUUGAAUACACUGUUGAUACUGAUGCUGUUACACUGUUAGUUGGUCAUAGCUUAGGUUUUGUGUGGAUAUAGCUGGAUUUUUCUUUACCGGUAGACUUCUCUUUGGCAGCUGAUUUCAUAUUAUCUUGUAGAAGAACUUUGUUUUUUCAUGAGCAGGCUUUUCAUUGCCAUUGGUCCUGAUGCUUCAUGCUGUUAAAAUGCAUCAAGGUAUCAACUGUUCUGAGCUGUUGAUAAAGUCUUUUAGUUUGAUUAUACUUUAUGUUACCAUGGUUUGAGCAUUAAAGUUUGUUCCCUAAAA